GGCGGCCGGGGCGGCGGCCGGGGGCGCCCGCUCCUCCCCCUGCGGGCGGCCUGGCUGGCGGCGCCGAGCCCCCUGCGCGCGGCACAUGGGGCGCCUGACCGAGGCGGCGGCAGCGGGCGGCGGCGCUUCAGCGGCGCGCUCGGCGGGGCCCCCUCCCACUCCCCUUCCCCUGUCUUCCACCUCCCCCGGGGGCACGGCCACCAUGGCGUCCAGCGAGGAGGACGGCACCAACGGCGGCGCCUCGGAGCCGGGCGAGGAGAAGGAGGCCACCGGCAAGAGGAGGCGCCUCGGCUUGUUGGCCACUGUCUGGCUCACCUUCUACAACAUCGCCAUGACCGCGGGGUGGUUGGUUUUAGCUAUUACCAUGGUACGUUUCUAUAUGGAAAAAGGAACACACAAAGGAUUAUAUAAAAGUAUUCAGAAGACACUUAAAUUUUUCCAGACAUUUGCCUUGCUCGAGAUAGUCCACUGUUUAAUUGGAAUUGUACCUACUUCUGUGAUUGUGACUGGGGUCCAAGUGAGUUCAAGAAUCUUCAUGGUGUGGCUCGUUACUCACAGUAUAAAACCAAUCCAGAAUGAGGAGAGCGUGGUGCUUUUUCUGGUGGCGUGGACUGUGACAGAGAUCACUCGCUAUUCCUUCUACACGUUCAGUCUUCUCGACCACUUGCCAUACUUCAUUAAAUGGGCCAGAUAUAAUUUUUUUAUCAUCUUAUAUCCCGUCGGAGUUGUUGGUGAACUUCUUACAAUAUAUGCUGCCUUACCAUACGUGAAGAAGACAGGAAUGUUUUCAAUAAGACUUCCGAAUAAAUACAAUGUUUCUUUCGACUACUACUAUUUCCUCCUUAUAACCAUGGCCUCGUAUAUACCACUGUUUCCACAACUCUAUUUUCAUAUGCUACGCCAAAGAAGAAAGGUGCUUCACGGAGAGGUGAUUGUAGAAAAGGAUGACUAAACCAUGCCCCCGAACAAGGUGAUGCUGGUUAAGGCUACAACCAGCUGGGGACUCAACUGGGCUAGACCAUCCCCAAGGACUCACAAAUGUGACUGAGAUUUGACGCUGCCUUCUGGGAGCUGAGCUGUGGCUCUGCUAGCUUUCCUCUGCUCGGAUUUUGUCUGUGGCUCGGCUUCUUCAAGGUAGAUGGGUUCUGAGCGACUGUGUCCCCAGAGGAAGGAAGGGGAGGGAGGCUGUCCCCGUAAAGUGAGACCCAGCCCCGGUCCCACACCUGUUGUUCAGGCAGACCCAGAGCCAGGCGAGACUCACAGGAAGGGGAAAUAAACUCGCCUCUCCAUGGAGAGAGGGACAAAUUUAUGUUCAUCUUUCGUCAGUCACAGGAAUGAGACUUUGCCUGAAAUUAAUUCUAACUAAAACAUCCACUGCACAAUUCAUAUUAAAAAAAAAAAAUUCCUAGCUGGGAGACUUACCAGAUUCCUUGGUAGAAGAUCAUAACUCCAAAACCCACGUGAAUGCCCCCCACCCCCGCCCAAGGAUGAAGAAGGAAUGGCAGUCACAGCUUACUUAACACAGAAUGUCUGGGCAGCUUGCAAAGUUGGGUUUAGUGAGUUUUGCUUUGGAAUAACGCCCUCUGCUCACCUCAAGGGAAACUCCAACAGUCGCCGGCAGUCCGCUGCUGCAUUUCUUUCAGAGUUCGUGCAUAAUAGCCAAAUAAUAUUUGAAGAGCAUUAAAAUGUUUUCAAAUUCUAGUGUUAGGAAAUCUUUAGUUCCUGUGAGAAAUUGAUAUGAUUGUUUUUUAUACUCAAUGCAAAACGUAUAAGGAAUAUCAGAAAAAAAUUGCAGGUCAAAUUUAGAAAUACUGUAGGAUAUGAGUUGCAUAAAUUUACAUGUUAACUAUGCCUUAAUGAGGAUUUUUUACACUUGCUGUAUUUUCCAUGCAGUUCAUUGCUGUCUAUUUCUAUUUUGCCAGUUUAGUGUUUGGUGCUUAUAUAUCUUCUAAAAUACUCUCUAAAAUAAAGCAGACACUAUAUGAAUGAAUGAAACAAUGUGAGCAUUGUUAUGGAUGGGGAAGAUAGAACAUCGCUACACUGUCAUGAUUGAAAGCAAGAGAAUAGUGAAUCCCUAAGCACCUGAAGUCUCAGGGAGGGUAGGAAGGUGGUGCUGUAGGUCUCAAAAGUAUUCUUUCAAAAAUUCUUGCUUGUAGAUGCCCUGUCCUUCCAACUAAGAAUAAAAGGGAUUUCCUUAAUCCUAUAACUAGUUUCUACAAAGAGCCUACACCAGACAAUCAUACUAAAGGAUGAUCUAGUGAUUUUUUCCCCUUCUUAUAACAAGACAAGUGUGUUUAUUAUUACAUUUUCAGUUCAGUCUUGUUCUGGAAGUCCUGGUUAGCAGAAUAAGGGGGAGGCAAGGAGAGAAGAGGGGGGUAGAAGAAAGAAACAAAACCGUCAUCAGUCCCAGAUAGUUUACAGAAAUUUAAGCAACACAGAAACUAUUCCUGGUUUUUAGGAAUCAAGGAGAAGUGAUAGUUGUAAAAAGGUAACAGGAAAAAAAAAAAAAAA